AUGCACUAAAAUUCUGGUUUGACUUAUCAUAAUGUUGAUUCAUAUAUAGAAACUGAAGGAUUUUUUUGCUUUGAACAAUUUACUAGACUUGAUUUAAAGAAAAAAAAUUGGGAGGAAAGUUUAAAUAGUUUAACAGAUGAUUUGAUUGCACUUAAAAGUGAAUAUGUAGAUCUAGAAAAUCUUGAAAUAUUUAUUGCACUUUUAGAAUUCUUGGAAAAAAAUAUCCAAGAAUCAGAGGUAGGGUCCCCAUAUUAUUAAUUAAGACAGGGUAUGAACUAAACAUCAAUUAAUAAUUAUAUAAAUGAUAUGCUUGAAAAUAUUGAAAAGAGUCUUACUUGUGAUUCAGAUGAUUAUAGAGCAAUAGAUUUCCCGGGAUUAUUAAAAUUAGAGGAUAUUUUAAGUUUUUUAAAGGAAUCUAAAUACAUUAAAUCUUAUAUGUAAAAAGUAGAUUACUUACUUCAAAUUUAAUAAGAAAAGAAAUAAUAAUAGUAAUAAAUAAAAAAGAAAAAAUGA